UUGGCAUUUUGGGCGAAUUUUCUAAUUCUGUUGCCUCGCGGGUCAAAGAACGACGAAACGACAGCAGGCUUUGCCUCCCUCAAUUCACCUCGCCUGAGCUACUCGGCUACUCCGAAUCAGACUCUUCUUUCUUCCAUCCCCGUCUUCCCGGCAAAGCAGGAGAUUCCAGGCAAUUGAAGGGGGAAAAGCCAGAAAAAAGGGAAGGAAAAAGAAAAACUCUGAAGGCAGGCAGGAAGCAGAAGCUUCUCAGGCAUGGCGCUUUCACGGCUCAGACAUCCGGUGAUGUCACGGGCGUCCUCUCUUGUUAGAGCUCGCUUUCUCUCCCACUACGCUUACUCCUCCACCAGAUCCUUGUCCCGGUGGAACGCUGGAACGUCCACUCCUGUGUGGAAAAAUGAGAACGGAGGGGUCUUCAUGCUGCCAGAAUUCCCUUGCAGAUUGCAGCAGCCUUUUGUUAAGUUUGGAUGUGUCUGUUUCCUGAUCAACUCAUCACUCUCCAGUUACACGGACGUGUCCGGCAUUUCUCUUCAGCCUUGUGUAUCGUGCAUGGGAAAAAGUAGGGACCUUCCAACUAAGCUAGAUGAUCUGUCUGCCCUUUUUUUCAUGGUCUCUAUCGCUCCAGAGGUUCCAGCACACAUGGUAAUCGGGAUGCCGGCUUUGUCUCCUACAAUGACUCAAGGUAACAUAGCAAAAUGGCAUAAAAAAGAAGGGGAUAAGAUAGAAGUUGGUGACAUACUAUGUGAGAUAGAGACAGAUAAGGCCACUCUUGAAUUUGAAAGCCUUGAAGAGGGGUAUUUGGCUAAGAUAUUGGUACCUGAAGGUUCAAAAGAUGUACCGGUCGGACAGGCCAUUGCUAUAACAGUUGAGGACGCAGAUGAAAUCCAAAAUGCCCCUGGAAGUGUUGCGAGUGGCUCAGAGGUUAAAGAGGACAAAGCAUCUGACCCGGAUGUUAAAACUGAAGAUAAAAUACAUGACAAAAGUUCUGUUCAGUUGAACACAUCAGACCUUCCCCCUCAUAUUGUUAUUGGAAUGCCAGCACUAUCUCCCACAAUGAACCAAGGUAACAUUGCCAAGUGGUGGAAAAAGGAAGGCGAUAAGAUAGAGGUGGGCGACAUAAUAUGCGAGAUAGAGACAGACAAAGCUACUCUUGAGUUUGAAAGUCUCGAAGAAGGCAAAUGUCCUGUUUCACAUUCCUAUUUUGAAAAGCUGAUUUGCAGGUAUUUAGCUAAGAUAGUGGCUCCAGAAGGUUCAAAAGAUGUUGCUGUGGGAGAACCUAUUGCAAUAACAGUUGAAGAUUCCAGUGAUAUUGAUAUUGUAAAGAGCUCUGUUGCUGUUGGGUCAGAGGUCAAAGAAGGAAAAUCACCGGCUCCAGCUACUAAACAUGAAACUCAGAGACCUCAAGCCAGUAUUAGAAGGAUCAGUCCAUCUGCUAAGUUGCUGAUCUCAGAGUAUGGAUUGGAUGCAUCAUCAUUGAAUCCAUCGGGUUUUCGUGGUACGUUACUUAAGACAGACGUUUUGGAAGCAAUAAGAUCUGGAAAAGGAUCUGAAAGCAAAUCACAAGCUAAGGAGAAAGUUGCACCAGUACCUCAGAAAAGCCAUCAACCUUCUUCCAUAUCCCCAACACAGCAUUCAGAUACUUUCGAAGACAUACCCAAUUCUCAAAUACGCAAGAUCAUAGCGAAGAGGCUGUUGGAAUCAAAGCAGACCACCCCACAUUUAUACUUGUGCACAGAUGUCAUUCUAGAUCCUCUGCUCUCUUUCAGAAAGGAGCUAAAAGAGAAGCAUGAUAUCAAAGUUUCGGUGAAUGAUAUUGUCAUCAAAGCCGUUGCUGUUGCUCUAAAGAACGUGCAAGAAGCUAAUGCUUACUGGAAUGACGAGAAUGGGGAGAUCAUUCCCUGUGAUUCUGUUGAUAUCUCAAUUGCAGUUGCCACUGACAAGGGGCUGAUGACUCCUAUUAUUAGAAAUGCAGAUCAGAAAUCCAUUUCAGCUAUCUCGUUGGAGGUCAAGCAACUGGCUGAAAAAGCUCGGACAGGGAAGCUUGCCCCACAUGAGUUUCAGGGAGGGACGUUCAGCAUUUCAAACUUGGGAAUGUAUCCCGUCGACCAGUUUGCUGCUAUCAUCAAUCCUCCACAGGCGGGCAUACUGGCCAUUGGCAGAGGGAACAAAGUAGUCGAGCCAGUGGUUGGUACUGAUGGAACAUUGAUUGCCGCGGUUGUGAACAAAAUGACCUUGACUUUAUCUGCUGAUCACCGGGUUUUUGAUGGCAAAGUCGGAGGUGCAUUUCUCGCUGCGCUUAGAUCGAACUUCAGUGACAUUAAAAGACUACUUCUGUGAGAGAAGAACUCCAACCAACUUGAAUAAUUUUGCCAGAGGUUGGCCAAAGCAGAGAUUUUCUUUCCGGUGGUAGCAUUUAGGGAAUCAACUUCUCUUUCCCCCUAAUUCUUUGACUCAAUACACAGCAUUUUUUGGUUACUGAAGAGUUUUCUGUAUGAAUUGGCUUUGUCCUGUGGACAAUGAUUUUUGGCGUGUGAUUUUGGGGUUCCAUCCCGAAGAAAGAAGCUUUGCUUGUCAGCGAUCACAAUAAGGAUGCAAAAUGAACAACAAACAUGUAAGAACUUUGUGCAGAAUUGGUCGACUCAAAAUAAAUUGUCGAUUCCGUGAUUAAGAAAUCUUGUAACUUAAUGCUGUGCAGAAGAUCCAGCAAUCUUUAAUCUUUGUUAUCCGUGCUUGUGCUAUCCCGAGUUCUACUCAGUCGGUAAUAAUCGUUUACAGUGACUGCAAGCAAGUUCUGAGUUCUUUAUCUCAAUGCUUCAUGCUUGAACGAUCAUGCGCUCGACCUGAACUGUGCGUCAAGUCCAUGUUAUGAAAUGGAUCUUCUCCCAAGUAGUUUAUGCUAUGCACUCCACCAACUAGAUUGAACAUAGAAAUCACCCUUUGGAACUUCACUUUACAGCAUCCUGUUAAGCACGAGUAUAAGAUGGUAGCCAUUCCUCUUAGCUAGGAAGCAUAGCAUGGAGUUUAUCGCAUGCUCUGAUGGUUCAAGCAGAUGCAGGCAUGAGUGAUGUAUGGUUUUGGGAAUCCAGUUCAGCACAAGUAGAUUUUGCAUUAAAAGACCAAUUAUCCCACUGAUAAUUUACAACCUUCGACUCUUUUUGCUUUCUCAUCCUGCUGCGUACCUGCCUGCGCCUGCUCUAGAUGAAGAAACAGAAGCAUCCAUGAAUCUUCCCACCAUCAGUGUCUCAGCUGUCAUCUGCCAACCAAUUUCUUCAUUUUAUCUCCAUCCAGACCUCAUUCCUUCAGAUGGAUUGCUUGCUUCUGCAUCCUGGCUGUCCCCUCCGCCGAGGUUACCAGUGGCAUCGCCUUCAACCAAACAAGUCUAGCAGGCCAUCUCUAUGCUCUGGUUCUGAUGAGCAUUAGAAUUUAAUUCACAAGUUAAUUCGCCAUUCCUCGCAGAAACAUAUUCCACUUUGCUGUCUGGAUCAUGGAAACUUUCGCUAUUGAAAUGAGCAUGGUUCUUCGGAUCACACUGCAAAUUGCUUGACGUUGCCAUACUCUCUUCUUGUGGACAUUCUGUACUAGGCACAAUCAUUGGAAGCCGGUCGAAAUUCCAACCAAGGACCUUGCAAACAACCUGACCAAACGCCCUGUGGGCCCUUUUUUUCUUCGUCUUUGAUAUAGCCACAGCAUGAUUGAGAAGCCCCAGACAUCCUUUAAACCUUCUCCAACCCUUCUUCCCAAUAGCACAGCAGACCAAACAACAAAAGUCCCCACCUUCAUGAUUACUUUUAUAAUAGUUGCUCAGCUCACUGUCCUCUGUGAACAAUUUCAUAAAGAAACUCAACUCAUCAACAUCCUUGUUGUCUAGCUCAUUAUCAUCUUCACUUUCCUCGUCGUCACCAUCACUGACCGACUUAGAUGUCUCCAUAAAGAACAUUUUACAUUCAACCAAUGCCCUCUGCAUAAUCUGCACCUCAGCAAGCAUCACAGGCUCGUCGGUAGAAUUUGCCGUCUUCACUGAACUGGUUUGAGGAUCCCAAGCAGGCCACUGAGCAUCAGAAACAUGUGACAGCUGGGUUCCCUGGGUGGCGCCCGAAUUCUGUAAAGAACGACCAAGAGGUUCAUCCUUGACAACAAUUGCAGGAUACUUGCUGAGAUCCCAUCCAAAAACCCUGAAAAUAACAUGGCCAAAAGCUCGGUGGGAUCGUUGCCGCUUCGUCUUUGUAAGCCGCAUGGCGUGGUGAACAAGGGUAGUGCAGCUCUUGAACGCUCUCCUCGCGUUAACCCCCAUUGCUCCACAUACGAUGCAACAAAGCUCCCCAUUUUCUUGGUUUUUCUCAUAGAGCUGCCUCAGUUCAUGGUCUUCCACAAACAAACUCAGCAGGAACUUAAAUUCCUCACUCUCCUGAACAUCACUCGCGGAACCGAGCGGCUCGCCCUCUUCUCCUUCCUCGCCACGAUCCAAGCCGGGAUCACAAUCAACCCUUUUCCGGACGAGGAACUCCUUGAAUCUCCCGGCAGCUUUCUGCUGCAAUUGCAUUGCCGCGAGCUUCGCCGCCGCCCCGUCAUUAUCGGAUUUAGACACUUCCCCAUUUUCGCCGGCGGGGUUCGGCUUCGAAGCAGGCCAGGGUGAGUCGGUCGGAGGCGGAGGUUGCGGCUGAGAGUCGACGGGCCACUCGGGACCAGAACCAGUUUGUUGUUGGUCAUGGGGAUUCCGUUUUGCGCGCUUGCUUCUCUGUCCGGCACCGACGCUGGGGAAGGCCGAAGCACCCAGAUUCCUCCUCAAUUGAUUGGGAGGAGGAUGGAUAUUAGGGUUAGGGUGAGGAAAGUGGGUGAAUUGGGUUGCGGGCGGACCUUGCUGCCAGAGAUAAUGAAGGAAAAUGACUUCGUUCAUGAGCUGCUUCUCUUGUGGGGUUAAGGGCUCUGUCAAUGGCGGUCCGUAUGGAUCCAUUGGCGCUCAGACGAAGAAGAAGAGAGUUGUCCGCGCCUCCUUUCUUAAACGUUACAGAUUGUGC